AUGGACACGACCACCAUGGAGACGACUACCAUGUCUGUGACUGCCGCUCCAAACACCACAAUCUCCAAAAACACAAGUGACAAAGGGACUCAAAUCUCCAUGUCCUCCCAUACCACAGUCUUCCCUGCCACAGGCAACACCACAAACUUACAGUCCAGCAACAGCCCCACAGGCAACACCACGGUGCCCAUCUCUAGCAGUGCUGCCGUCUCCCACGCCAAUGCCACAGCCAACAGCACCGCGGUGCCCAUCUCUAGCAGUGCUGCCGUCUCCCACGCCAAUGCCACAGCCAACAGCACCGCGCCAACAGCACCGCGGUGCCCAUCUCUAGCAGUGCUGCCGUCUCCCACGCCAAUGCCACAGCCAACA